AUGUAUUCAAAAGAAAACAUUUGCAGAGGCAACAUGAUAAAAUUCGCUUUGGUUAUUUUGGCCGUUCUUGCCGUGACCAGCCCUCUGGAGGCUUUCACAGUUCCACGUACUGGAAACGGUGCUCUUGCUGACGAAUUGCAAAAAUUUGUCGAUCUAAUUCCUAUAAAAGAAAUUAUCGAAAUUGUUCACCGAUACAAAGCAGAAGAUAUUGAAUUCCAACAAGUACUCGAGUACUUCCAAUCAUAUGAAUUCAAAACCUUAAUCACUGAAAUCGAAAGUAUUCCUGAAUGGAUUCAUAUUCUGAACUAUGCACAGAGUGCUGGUCUCGACGCAUAUUACCUAGUCAACAAGGUCAAUGAAUAUUUACACUUGUCACCGCUCAAACCAAAUUCCCGUGCUACCAGAAAUAUUGGUGGAAUCCGUGGUUUCCUCGAUGAAAUCGAAGCUUUGAUACCUACGGACCAACUCAAGUCCCUUUACCUGGAGAGAGUGGCUAACUCUGCCGUUUUCGCUGAUUUCAACAGGAUGUUGGGAUCUCCUAUCGCUCAAACACUCGUCAAUAAGCUCUGCGCAAGCAUAAACUUUAAUAACUUCUUGACGAAGGCCAAGAAUUACGGUGUCCGCUUUGAUAUUAUAAGGGUAGACAUGGAAGAACGUUUGGGACUUACAGUUCCUUGUUAAUUAUAUAUUAAUAGUUUCUUUCUCUUUUUUUAAGUAGCUUGUUAAGU